GACUGGUCUCCGACCUCGCCGGACGUGGUGGCCGCUUGCUGGAGCCAGGGGUAUCGGGACAUCCCUGCGGGCGUGCCGCGGGACCGGGUGUACCGCCUCAGGCGGGAGCCGACGCCCGCGCACGACGCCGAGUUCCAGCAGGCUGCCGCGGACGAGGCUGAGACAGAGGGACGUGCCCUCCUCGCGGCGCGCGGCGGAGGCCCGCUUGCCCCUGGGUUCGUGUGGCUGCUGCCGAUCGGCGCCGUGGGCCAGGUCGUGGGUGCAAGCGCCGGCGGGGGGGGAGCCCUCGUGGUCGCGCCUGCUGCCGUCAGGGCGGCGGCCCCUGUGGCGCCUGGCGCUGCAGCGGCUCAGGGAGGGGUCAUCGUUGGAGGUGGAGUCGCUCCCGCCGCCGCGCCGGCGCCUCACCUGCAGGGGCCCUUGCAGGGCGUCGCGCCGCUCGUCGCGCAGGCGGGGGCGGGGACCGUGUGGAGGGCUGCCGAGACCGGCGGCGGUUUCCAAUUCGGUGACCCCGGCCCCGGCCACACGCGGACGGCGCAGGCUGUGGGCGCGAAGGACAUGCACAUCCUUCCCGACGGAUCCGCGCUGUUCGACGAGGAGGUGUCGCCCGCCGUGGAGAGGAGUUUCUUCGACAGGGGCGUUUCGGGCGACGCUCGCAUCAUGGCCGUGCGCCGCAACCGCCAGGGGCGGCGUGAGAGGACGUGGGCCGAGAUGGUCGUCGACGUAGUGCGCGAGUUCACAGACGACUGGGACCUGCCAGGACCGCGAUCGACGCUGUUGUGCCUGGAGUUUGUGAAUCAGGAGGGGCUCGGGCUCGACGGACACCGCGAGCGCUUUAGGAGCACCUGCAUGCUGGAGAGUUCGAGGUGGGGUGUGUCCGAGCACUGCAAUGUGACGCAGGCCCUGAAGUUUGGCCUAUUGCACGAUCGAGUGGAUGGUAGCAAUCUCGUGAUGGUGGAGAGUCUCCUCCGCCGCUUGCAGACGAUAGAGUUCGCGCAUUCCGAGCGAGCUCGCGAGCAGGAGGCGAAGGGGCACGGAGGGAAGCUCAGCCUAGAAGAGCAGAUGGCGUGCGCGGGCACGUCUCGAGCUGGAGGGUCAUUGAUGAUCUGCCCGCUCUUGCUGGACCACGUACGUAGCGAGGCAUGGGAGGAGCGGGAGGCCGCUCGCACCAAGGAGAACAAUAACAAUAAGGACAAUGUGUGA